AAUUUCAUCGUGAAAGUCAUGCCGAGAAAUAUAUAUAGGAGUCGUUUAUCUCGCUAGUAUUGUCGAAAUACACAACCACCAACCAACUGCAUCAUCAUCACUGCUUCCGCCUACACUUGUAGCAUCAUUCCAAGCCUUUGCAUCCGAUCUACUUUCGGCAUCAACUACCUACAAGAUGAAGGCAGUUUCCAUCUUGGCCAGCGCCGGCCUCACCACUCUGGUGCGAGGACAUGGUUAUUUGACUAUUCCCUCCAGCCGCACCCGUCUUGGCUCCGAGUCAGGUAUCGAUACUUGCCCGGAAUGUACCAUUCUUGAGCCGGUGACAGCGUGGCCCGACCUAGACUCGGCCGCCAUCGGCCGCAGUGGCCCUUGCGGAUACAAUGCGCGUGUCAGUGUCGACUACAACAAGCCGGGAGCCGACUGGGGUACCGAGACCGUGGCCACCUACACGCCGGGCCAGGUGAUUGAUGUGCAGUGGUGCGUUGACCACAACGGCGACCACGGCGGCAUGUUUACGUACCGAAUCUGCCAAGACCAGGACCUGGUCGACAAGUUCCUAGACCCCAAUUACCUGCCCACGGACGCGGAGAAGCAGGCAGCGGAGGAUUGCUUCGAGGCCGGACUCCUGCCCUGCACAGACGUCGACGGGCAGAACUGCGGAUACAACCCAGACUGCCAGUCGGGACAGGCGUGCUACCGCAACGACUGGUUCACGUGCAACGGGUUCGACAACGGCGACCAGACCAAGUGCAAGGGUGUCGACAACGCGGCGCUGAACUCGUGCUUCACGACCAUCGCCGGCGGGUACACUGUGUCGAAGAAGAUCAAGAUCCCCGAGUACGUGAGCAACCACACACUGCUGUCCUUCAAGUGGAACUCGUUCCAGACGCCUCAAGUAUACCUGUCGUGCGCCGACAUCGCCAUCGUCGACAACAACAGCGGCGGGUCCACCCCCACCUCGACCGCCACUGCAUCCAAGACCUCCACAACCACCGCCGCCGCCUGCACCUCCACCGCUGGGGCCGUGUCGCUGUCCAUCAGCGAGUCCGUCGUCACCACGUACGGGCAGACCAUCAAGAUGGUCGGCUCGAUCUCCGCGCUCGGCAGCUGGGACGUGAGCAAGGCGCCCGCGCUGUCCGCCGCCUCGUACACCGCCUCCAACCCGCUGUGGACCACGACCUUGAGUCUGGCCGCUGGCACCUCCUUCGAGUACAAGUUCGUCAAGGUCGCUUCUGAUGGCACUGUGGUCGCGUGGGAGAGCGACCCGAACCGCUCGUUCACCGUGCCGAGCGCGUGCGCGGCGGCGAGUGCCUCGACGGUGUCGGCGACGUGGAGGUGAUUUACAUAUAUAUGAACCUGGUAUAUAC